AUGGUUGAUCAAGUAAGACUACGAGCCGAACAGACCGCCGCCCCGAAUCGGGAAACAGCGGCCAUGUUGGAAGCCGUUUCGGGUACCGAUGCUCGAAAGGUCUUGUUCGCACUCCGCAGGGAGGAUGAGCGGGUCCGCCGGCGAGCCGUUGACCUGUUGCAGAAUAUGCCAAGGACGGAUGUCUGCGCCAACUGUAAAGAGACGUUUGAUGUCAACAGGAACGCUCCUCAUGCAUGUCGAAAGUUCGAAUUGGACGAAGACCUAGAGGUCUGGGGCACAAUCGAUGAAGUGGAAGAGUUUUACGAGAUGGACAGCGAAGAAGCUCGGUUUGAUGUUCCCGAAGGCUUCAGGUGGAGCUGUUGCCAACGCGUUGGCGAGGUGGAAUGCUGUCAAAAGGGGCAACACGUGGCCGUAUUGGAACACGGUCCUUUGGCGUUGGGGAGUUUCGGUGACGGUGCCAACGCGUUGGAGAUCACAGGGAAGCAAAGCCAUGGCAAGCGCAAGGCUGACGAGGAUAUCGUCGGCAUUGCGCAAAGGACAAGGACGGGGUCUCGGCGGAUAUGA